CAAAGUUACCCCCGGAACAACACUUCUAGCAUCGUGUUCCGCCCGCCUGUUUGCUAUGCUUCGACAGACAAAAUAGGCUAAUAUUGCAGUUUUUCAAUAUAGUUUGCGCUCUUAGCUGUUAUUAUUUUGAUUUUAAAUGGAGUAUGGCUUCGUUGACUGUCACUGUCAUAUAUCAGCCCGUGAGUUUGAAGAGGAUCUGAAAGAUGUGAUGCAGAGGUCCACAGAGGCCGGGGUAAAGACUUUAGUUGCAGUUACAGAAGAAGUCGGAGAGUUUGCCAGAGUUCUCCAGCUGCAGGAACGUUAUCCAGACGUGGUGGCUCCAUGUUUCGGCAUCCAUCCACUGCAGGGCGGCGGGGGCCCCGAGCAGCGCAGCGUGAAGCCUCAGGACCUGGAUGUUGCCAUGCCACAGUUCUACAAACACAGAGAACGCCUCGUUGCUAUAGGAGAGAUUGGUUUAGACUUCACACCGUGGUGUGCUCCCACUCAGCAGGACAGAGACGACCAGAUGAAUGUCUUCAUUAAACAGCUCAACAUCGCCAAGGAGCUGGACCUACCUGUGAACGUCCACUCACGAUCAGCUGCUAAGGUCACCAUAGCGACCAUGAGAGAACAAGGGAUCGGUCGAGCUCUGCUUCAUAACUUUGCGGGGAAGCCUUCGGUAGCUCUGGAAGGUGUGAAGGCUGGUUACCUCUUCUCCUUUCCACCUGCUGUCUGCAGAAACCAACAGAGAGACAAACUGAUCAAGCAGAUCCCACUGGAACACGUCUGUCUUGAAACGGACUCUCCUGCACUGGGGCUCGACAGGCAUGUGAGGAAUGAGCCCAGUAACAUCGUUAUGUCCUGCCGGUACAUCGCUAACGUCAAAGGUCUGUCGCCACAAACUGUUCAGCUCGUCACCGCACAAAAUGCAUACAGACUUUUCCCCAAGGCUAACAGGCGCUAACACUCACAUACAGUACAUGAGUUUCUGAAAUGUAAGGUUUGGCCUGAGGGUGGCGCCAGAGGAAACUUAAAGCAGAGAGGAUUUAUCCUCUGUUAGUCAGCUUAUCAGGCUCAGCUCUUUGUCAGGCUCAGCUGUACAGCUGUGUUCUGACUCUAAUAUUAACUUUAGCAUGCUAACUAACAUUUUUAGCAAAUAAUGUUACAAUGUUGCUAAUGAUGGCACGAGAAUCGGUAUACCCCGGGCCCCCUUGAAUAAACUCACCAGAAAGAGAGUGCUGUCACAGCCACUAGGUUCACUGGAUCACAGCGGUGAGCGAGCCUCGGACACCCAGGGCAGCAGGCCCCCUCGUCUCCACCCUUCCUUGCCGGGGAGGUUGAGGUACAGAGUCCCAGACUCUAGCCGUGCACGGUCUUAACCUGCCGCUCUGAGCGCCCAAGUCCUCUCACACGAGUGAAAAUGCCGACAACGCCAAAUUGUAGUGGAAAUUUCUUCGGAAUAAAGAAACACUCAAGGCAAUCACUUGUCUUUCUGUAGGUUUACUUCAAGCGUCUGCAGACGGACUCACAGCAGCAAAAACAUGCAUCAGUAUAAUCUGCUCUGAAUGAGUACCGAGG